UGGUGAACUCACCUCUACAUCUUUUGGCCGAUCGCCCAGCUCACAUUUUGAAGCUGUCUGCGAUCACCAACCGACUCGGAAUAUGCAGUAAGAUAAAGGCUCACAAUUUAGCAACGUAUUUCUUCACGGUCCCGGCCACAACCUGCCUCAUCCAAUAUGAACAACGCCGAACAAUCGCUCUCCUCCAGCAACACCUCGCUGCCUCAUAGUCCCGCUGAGACGAUAGUCUCGAGGACUUCAUCCAAGCUCGCCGACGAGAAACAGAUGAACCCAUGGGACGGGUACGAGAACGAUGAGGUGCCAGAGAAGGUGCAGCCGCGCCUAGUGCGCAACCUGCGCUUGCAAGCAUUCUCGAUCUACCGUCGCCUGUUCUCCGUGGUAUUCAUCACGAACAUGGGUAUUUUCAUCUCGUACGCGAUUCGGGGAUACAAUUCGCAAAAGGUCGCGCUGUUGGCCAUCUCUAAUCUAUUCAUCGCAAUUCUUAUGCGACAAGAGUUGGUCAUCAAUACAUUGUUUGCAGUCGCAUGUGCCGUACCCCAAUCAUGGCCACUUUGGAUUCGUAAGCUUGCUGCACGAGUAUACCAUAACGGAGGAGUGCAUUCUGGAGCAGCAGUUUCUGGCACUGUCUGGCUCAUUCUUCUCGCAGUUCAAGCUACAAGGGAACUCGUUAACGAUAAAGGAACUUCAGUUGCAACGGUCGUACUCACGUACGUUAUUCUGGCGUUCUUGACGAGUAUCAUAAUCUUUGCCCGCCCUACUCUUCGCGUGAAGCGUCACGACACGUUCGAGCGUGUCCAUCGAUUCAUGGGAUGGACCGCAACCGCACUAGUGUGGUCACAGGUCGUCUUACUAACCAACGAUCAUAAAGGCGAGAGGGCCCUCGGCAAUACUCUUGUCCGUUCAGCUCCGUUCUGGCUGAUGAUCGUUCUGAGCUGCUCGCUUAUCCUUCCUUGGGUGAGACUUCAAAAGGUCCCUGUUCGGAGUGUCGUGCUCUCCGACCAUGCUGUCCAGCUGUUUGUUGACUACGGCCCACACCCAGUACCUGGCUCGUUCCAGCGUUUCUCUACGGAUCCAUUGAAUGAAUGGCACAGUUUCGCCACGAUCGCCAUCCCCGGAAAGACCGGAUUCUCUAUUAUUAUCUCCCAGGCGGGAGACUGGUCGACGGAGAUGAUCACGAACCCGCCGAAGGAAAUAUGGGUCCGAAGCAUGCCGACGUGUGGUCUCUUGCGGAUCGUGCCUCUCUUCCGAAGGGUACUAUUCGUCGCAACGGGGAGUGGGAUUGCACCGUUCAUGCCUCAUAUCAUGAGUGGGAAGGUCGAUCAUAAGCUGUUCUGGAUGGCGCCGAAUACGCGUACGACAUUCAGCGAUCCGUUGGUUGAUAUGGUAUUGGAGAACAGUCCUGGGGCGAUUGUUUAUGAUACUCGGAAGCAUGGGAAGCCGGAUAUUAUCAAGCUGACGCACCGUCUGGUAGACGAGUUCAAACCGGAAUGUGUGUGUGUGAUCUCGAACCAGAAGUUGACGGAAAAGGUUAUUUAUGGGUUGAGGAGCAGGGGAAUGCUUGCAUUUGGUGCUAUAUUUGAUUCUUGAGACGGCAGUGCGUGAGGACCUCUUCUGUAUAACUUUUCGGUAUUUGCGUCAUGAACAUUUAAAUAAUGUAAUGGACUGGCGAUAUAAUUUAUCCCC